GGGAAUCGCCUCAUUAUUCUCACUUGCUUCAGACAAAUAGCUGGCUGGAUCACUUCAAGGAGUAGUGUGCUGGUUCGUAUUAGAAAGACAGAGUGGGUUUAUGUUCAAGGACGGAGAAAUCUGUGGUCGCAUAACAAGCAACUUAGCAUGGGACAAUCCAAAAUGAUUCUCUACUUAUGACAAUCACUGAACAUUUUUGCUGUCAACUAUCUGACUGCCCGAAGUAUCGAGGGGAAGUCGCCGUAACUCGUGGUGGUUCUUUGCCACCGUAGACCUUUUGCUUGAUAAGCAAACCCCGUUUCUUCAACAGUGAUUUUUGGAUUGAUUGAAUAAAGAUAACAAUGUGAUGAAUGAUGUAGAUAUUCUCAUGGCGGCAUUACUUUUGUUCAGAAUAGUCGAAAGAGUUUGCGAUGAUGAAAUUCUGAAUGAAGAU